AUGUCGAUCAGCACCCCAAGACUACACAUCAGAGAGCUCUCCUCAAGCAGGAAUGCAGCAGGGCCCCCUUCCUCAGCUUCAUCUCCCUCCCUCAGGGGAAACAACAGAAGCUUCAGUUUACCUACAUCGCGGCAGCAGCACACUUUCCGCAGCGCCUUCCUCUCGCAGGUAGGGGCCCCCCUAUGGCGUUCGCUUAGGUGUUCACGGGGCUUCAACCCUCCUUCAACUUCCCCUCAGAAUCAUAAUACCACUUAUUACGGGUCAAGUGAAGCAGCAGAAAGACAUCGAUCAUUACCAGUCGACUGCCCUUCAUACAGACAGCACAUACGCAGCCGCACAGACGUAUAUUCAGAACCGUGCAGCGGCACCGUCUCGCCUUCUUUAGCAGCAGCUGCUGCAGCAACAGCUGCAGCAACAGCAGCAGAGGCAGAAGCAGGAGAAUCAGCAGAAGCAGCAGCAGCUGCAGCACCUCCAGGAGCAGUAGCGAGGGCCCAUUCAGCUCCUGAGGUGGGUCCUUCAUCUUCUGCCUCCACGUCAUAUCGCUGCAGGCGCAGCAGACUUCCCCUUAUUUCCCUUUCAAGCAAAUUCAAUAAGCUCUCCUUUUCUCGUUUUCGCUGCAGCUCCCUCAACUCAGACGCAAAAAACAACCAAUGUGCAGCUUCAGAAAAGGGGCCCCGCAGCUCUUCGGCUGAACCUGCGGUGUACGUACAACGCAGCGAAGCAGGCUGCUCUCAGGACGAGGAAACAAACAACACACAGCAGGCAGACGCUCCCCAAGGGCCUCCAGGGCCCCCGUAUGCUUAUGCGCAGCAGCAGCACCAGCAGCAGCACCUGCAGCACCAGCAGCAGGAGCAGCAGGAGCUGCCGCCAUUCAACCUCUCCUCCUCAUCUGCAGCUGACGCAGAUGAGCCUCCUGAUAUUGCUGCUGCAGCCGCAGCUGCCCCAGAAAGGGCAGCUAUUGCUGCUCCCUCCGCUGCAGCUGUUCCCGAGGCAGCAGCAGUUGCAGCAGCAACAGCAGCAGCAACAGUAGCAGCGGUAGCAGCUGCUGGUCCUGCUGCUGUUGCAGCUGCACCUUUUCCUGCAGCAGAGAGCGCUGCUAUUGAUAACGCGAGUGACGCAGCGUUUGCUGCUGCAUCUGCAGCUGCUGCAUCUGCUGCAGCAUCUGCUGCAGCAUCUGCUGCCGCUGCAUCUGCUGCUGCAGCAUCAGUUGCUGCUCUCUCACUUGCUGGAGAGGAGGCCACAGCAGAAGAGGCUGACGAUCCAGAAGACCAGCAGGGGAUAGGCUACAGCUUUCAGCUCUCUCUACCUGCGGUGUAUCAUGAGGUAGACGCAGCAAACCUGCAGCAGCCUUCUUCAUCUCUGCUGCUGCCUCGACGCGCUUCUUGCCCUUCUCUCAUCACCAGUGGCGCUCCCCCCACCAAGGGGGAACAGGCCGCUGCAGCAUGCAGCAGCAGACGGGCUGCAGCAGCUGCUGCUGCAACUGCUGAUGCAACUGCUGGUGCUGAUGCUGCCGUGCCGUGCAGCAGCGUCGCCGUUUCGAGAGACAGCAGCAGCGGCAGUGGACGCAGAGGCCACAGCCCGUCCUGUGGCUCUCAGCAGCAGCAGCAGCAGCAGGAGCAGCUGCAACAGCAGGACCAUCUGAAGCAGCAGCAGCAGCUGUCUGCGUCUACAUGCUGUGUUAAAACAAGUCACCGAAGAUCUACAAACUUCAUCUCCUCUCAGCGUCGUUGCAGCUCCUCUUCGCCUUCCCUCAGCCAUCUCCUGAAUGCAGGUGCACAGAGGGGCCCCCCUGUUUGGGCCCCCCCCAGCGCAUCUCUUGGGGGCCCCCCUGCUGAGGGCCCUACCUAUUCAUCUCUUGGGGGCCCCCCUCUUGGGGGCCCCCCCAGUUCAGUUGAUGAGGGCCCCUCAUUUGGGGGCCCCCCUCUUGGGGCCCCCCCUCUUGGGGGCCCCACUCUUGGGGCCCCCCCUCUUGGGGGCCCCCCUCUUGGGGCCCCCCCUCUUGGGGGCCCCUCCGGGGGGGCCCCCUUAGGAGGGGGCUUCUCUCUGGGGCCCCCGCAAGGGGCGGGGCAGAGUGCAGGGGAGGCACAAGGUGAAGAUAAUUUGCUGCUGAGUGGUGGUGCGUCUCUGCCUUGGAGCAGCAGCACAUACACUGCAGCAGCUUCUCGCGUUGCAGGAGGAGGCAGCUCUGGGGAGGGCGAUGCCUGUCGUACAGCGACGGAACCAGCAGCUUCAGCAGCAGCAGCAGCAGCAGCAGCCGAAGCAGAAGCAGCAGCAGCAGCAACAGCCGAGAACCAGACAGAGUUGGGUGUGGGGCUAUGCUACCCUCAGCCCCUCAGCAAACCCCUAGAACAGCAAGCGGGAGGAAAAGGAGUGGAACAUUUUGUUCAAGGAGUUGAGAGAUGUCUUGCAAAGAUUGUCAGCAGCUUCCCUCCUGGCUGCGAGCUACACAACGGGUUUGGAGGGCUGCAGCACGAAGACGGAGAUGCACAGGCGUUGUUGCUGCUGCAGAGAGAGGCCACCAGCAGCAGCAGCAGCAACAGCAGCAGCAGCAACAGCAGCAGCAGCGGCAGCGGCAGCGGCAGUGCAGCAGAAGGGGGGACGCAACAGCAGCAGAUGGAUCUCACGUGCAGGCACUCUGCACCUACAGGAGCUGCAGCAACAGCAGAUGCUGCUGCUGCUGCUGCUGCUGCACCUACAUCGGACAGCCACCCUCCCAUCGGCUCUCGACUUGCAGCGAGCGAAGCAGCACUUGAAGAUGUUUCUUCUUCUGAUGCGGCCCCUGAGGAAAGAGCAGCAGCAGGAGCAGCAGGAGCAGGAACAGCAGCAGGAGCAGGUGCUGGGGCUUGCGCCGACGCAGCAGCACCAGCAGCAGCAGCAGCAGCAGAAGCAGGGUUGAGGGCUCGGAGAGCAGAGGCUGCUGCACGUGCUAGCUGCUUUUACUCAGUCGAGGAGGUUGUAGGUCGUGGAGCCCACGGCGCUGUUUUCAGAGCGAAGCGGUUUACACCCACUGUAAAGACUGAGGGAGAUUCAGGUGUAUCUGCAGCUUCCGGUGCGUCUUCUUCAGGUGUAUCUGCAGCUUCCGGUAGCGAAGAGGAGGCUGAUGCUGGCUGUGUGGAGAUGGAGGAAGAUGAAGUGGCUUUGAAGAUAAUAGAUAUUGAGGGGGCUUUGCAUGCGCAGUGUACAGACAGCAGCGGGCGGCUGCGGUAUCUGCAGCGGGUGCUGGCAGAGACAAAAGCUUUAUCUCAGCUGCAGCAUGAAAAUGUAGUUAAAUUCUACGAAGCAUUUCUUUGGCCGCCCUCCUACGUUGUUUUUGCUACUGAGUUUCUGCCUGGGGGCUCCCUGAGGGACCUCUAUAAAUCUGCAGGGCCUCUGCCUGAACAUAUCAUUGCACACCUACUCAAAGAUGUGCUUUCGGCUUUGGUGUAUUUGCACGGACGCGAGGUGGGGCCUGAAGGAAAGAUAAAGAAGGAGGUGUGCAUACACCGCGAUCUAAAGGCUGCAAAUAUUUUGCUGAGUGAAUCGGGAACAGCCAAAUUAAUUGACUUCGGUAUUUCUGUGCUCAGCGACAAAGAUGAAGAAUUUGCAGGGACGCCGCAGUGGAUGGCCCCCGAAGUGGCGACUGCUUACUUCCGCCGUUCGUGCAGGUCGGAUCCUGCAGCAGCAGCAGCAGCAGCAACAGCAGCAACAGCAGCAGCAGCAGCAAGAACAGCACCAGCAGAAGGAGCAGCAACAGCACCACCUGCAGCAGCAGCAGCAUCACCACCACCAGCAGCAGAAGCCGUUACAGGAGGAGGCGCAGCAGCCCUCAGCGACCUCGCCGCAGCAGCAGCACCAUCCGAAGCAGCAGCAGCAGCAACAGCAGCAGCAGAAGCAGGAGAAGCAGCAGGAGCAGCACCAGCAGCAGCAGCAGAAGCAGGAGCAGCAGCAGCAGCAACAGCAAAUAUGUACGGGUGCGAAGUAGAUAUUUGGUCUCUAGGCAUCACCGCCUUUGAAUUGGCGAUGGGCAGACUGCCUUGGCCCAGCAAACUAAAAUUAGAUAAGCUGAUGCACCUCAUAGUCUAUGGGCCGGCUCCCCGCAUUAAUUUGAAUGAAGGUUAUGAGAAGACAUUUUGUUAUUUUCUUGAAAAGUGUCUUCGAAAGAAUCCUAAAGAAAGGGGGACGGCGGAAGAGUUAUUGAAUCAUCCCUUUUUUAAGAAGUUUUGCUCGGGGCGACGCCCACAGUCGUACGCGGAGGUGCAGGAGGCGGUGGAGACAUUCAACGGGCAGAGACAGCACUCUGUUAUAUCGACAGUAGUCGGUUAUAUUAACAGCUGGAGAGGCUCAAAGACAUCCUCGUCUCUCUCUGCUUCUUCUUCUUCUCGCUGUCUUCUCGCAGCCUCACGACUGCACAACUGGGGAUCAGGCAUUGGUAGCGCUGAGAGGAAGUCUAUUACUUCUUCGGUUCAAGAAGGGCUUCACCCUUGCAGCAGCAGCAGCAGAAGCAGCAGCAGAAGUAGCAGCAGCAGCACAAGCAGAAGCAGCAGCAGCAGCAGCAGCACGAGGAAAAGCAGCAAGAAAAGUCGUAGACGCAGCAGGAGCAAACGCCGCAGCAGCAGCGAAAGAAGUGAAUGCAGCAGACGCAGCAGCAAGAAUAAUAAAAGCACCAUCAAGAGCAGCAGCAACAGCAGCAGCAGCUCUGCUGCAUACUCGCUGGAGCCCUCAGCCAGCAGCAGCACUGCUGCUACAGAAGGAAAGACAGACGGAAGUAGUAACUUGAAAACCGAAGCAGAAGGUGCUGCUGCUGAAGGUGAAUAUAAAGAGGCUGACGGGGAGGACGGCAGCAAACUCGCACAAGAUCCACUUGCUGAUGCUGCUGCUGCUGCAGACAAGCCGCAGAGUACAGACAGCAAACAGCAGCAGCAGCAGCAGCAGCAGCAGCAGCAGCAGCAGACAGCUUCCGCUCCUCAGCGAUCGUCUCGAUCUUUUUUCUCAUUUUUCUUCUCUGCAUUUCAAACAGCUAAACCGGCAGAAUCAGAAGGAGAGCCAGCAGCAGCAGCAGCAGCAGCAGCAGCAGCAACAGCAGCAGCAGCAGCAGAGGCCACCGUGGAAACUCCGCCUGGCGUUUCUUCGUCUCUUCCUGCUGCUCCUUUGGCUGUCACUGGUCCAGCAGCAGCAGCAGCAGGUGCAGCAGCAGCAGCAGGAGGGGUUUCUUUCCCGCUUCGCCGCGGAGCAUCAGCAGGUUUGCCAGGCGUUGGCUUCAGCAGCAGCAGCAGCAGCAGCAGCAGCAGCAGCAGCAGCAGCAUGGUAGAGCCAUGGAGAGCCCCUAUCAGGAACGCGAGUAUGUUUGCUGCUGCUGAAUCUGCUGGGGCUAUCAGACGCUUCCGCAAAACUCGCGAAAUAAAAAAAAAUAAAAAAGAAAAAGAAGAAAAACAAACAAAAAUUGUUAAGGGUGCAGACAAAAUCCUCAGCCUAUUUACAAGAGCAGCAGCAGCAGAACCAGACCCUCCUCCUGCGCACUGCAGCAGCAGCAGCAGCAGCAGCAGCAGCAGCAGCAGCAGCAGCACACGCAGAAGCAGCAGCUGCAGCGGGGGAAGAAGGGAGAGGUGGGGAGACGAAGUAAAUGCAAAGCUGUACGACCCCGCAUUGCUAACUAGGAACGCAGCUGACAGCAGCAGCAGCAGCAGCAGCAGCAGCAGCAGCAACAGCAGCAGCAGUAAACAGGAAACGCUCGCUCCUGUCUUACAAGAAUACGCCCUAGGAGAAGACCUGGCUCCUGCUGCUGCUCCUACUGCUGCUGCUCCUGCUGCUGCUGCAGCGCAUCUCUUUGCAGACGCAUCAUCCGCCAGCAAACCUGAUGUCCGAACAGCAGCAGCAGCAAUAGGAGCAGCAGCAGCAGCAGCAACUGCAGCAUCAGCAUCAGCAGAAACAGCAGCAGCAACAGCAGCAGCAGCAGCAGCAGCAACAGCAGCAGCAGGAGAAGAGCGAUGUGCUUCCAAUCAGUUUUACGAGCUGCUGGAGAGCCCCACUGUGCAGCCAGCGAGGUCUCCGUCUCUCGGAUUAAUUGCAGCAGCAGCAGCAGCAGAAGCAUUUAAAAUAAAUAAAGAAGCACAGAGCAGCAGCAAUAAACAAAUAAUAAACACCAACUCUGCGACAAACCGAGACAGCUUAGGCGUGCCCCUCGGCGUCCCUGCAGCAACGCAGCAGCAGCAGCAGCUGCAGCACCAGGGGGAAGUACCGACGGGCGAAACAGCCGCAGCAGCAGCAGCUGCAGCAGCAGCAAGGGGAUUAGGGUGUGCAGGAGAGGCUGCGGGGGUAUCGAUAGAAAAAGACAGCGUAAAACAAAUAAACAACUGGCAGACAUUUAAAGUAGAAGAGAGAACAAACAAUAACCAGAAAAAUGAAUAUAAUAAUAAUACUCUGCAAGCAGCAGAAGUAAACAUAACCCCCGCGGAGUCUGCACUGCAUGCAGCAGCAGCAGCGGCUGCUGCUGCUGCUGCUGCUGCUGCACCGAGCAGCAGCAGCCUCAGCCACCCGCAGCAGCAAACGUCGCCGACGCACGAGUCUGUAGCAGCAGCAGAAUCACCAGCAACAACACCAACAGCAGCAGCAGCAGCAGCAACAGCAGCAGCAGCAGCAGAAACAGGAAAGGAAGCAGAAGAAUCUAAAGGAUGGUUGGGGGGUCCUCCGGUGUACAGACGCCUCAUCGACGGCAUCGCGCAGCUGGCUGAACAUACGGGUAUCUCGAGGCCUUUGCGGCUGCAGCAGACUGCUGCAGCAGCAGAGCCCCAGGCAGCAGAAGCAGCGCCUGCUGCUGCUGCUGCUGCAGAUCCUGCUGCUGCUGCUGCUGCUGUAGAAGCUGCUGCUGCUGCUGCUGUCCCUCCUUCUGCUCCAGAAGACGAGAGAGACGCCAGUCAGAGCCCUGCUGCUACUCAUACGGAGGUUCACGAAGGAAAUCAGCAGCAGCAAGAGCAGCAGCAAGAGCAGCAGCAAGAGCAGCAGCAAGAGGAGCAGCAGCAGCAGCAACUUGCUGUUUCUGAGGUUGAGGGGCCUGGAGGGGGCAGCAGCAAGGAGGCCUCUCCCCCCCCUGUGAAUUGGCUGUGGCGUUUGCUGUACCCAUCCGCCAGCGAAGGAGGCGCUGUUGCUGCUGCUGCUGCUGCAGCUGCAGCAACAGCAUCUGCUGCAGCACCUGCUGCAGCACAAGGAGACAGCCGUGAUGCCAGCAGCGUUGCUGCUAGUUAUCUCGCACGAGGGGAGGGGGGGGGCCCCCUUAUGCUGGAGGCCCCCCCCAGAACCCCAGGGCGUCCUGCUGCUCUCCGUUUGCUGGCUUUAAACAGCAGCAGCAGCAAUAUUAAUAAUAUUAACGCGGUAGAGGGGCCCACUGAGUGCGAUGAAGCAAACAGAGAAGAGACAGCAGAAAAUUCAACACGGAGAAGCGGCAGACGCAGGACCGACGGAGGCGUCUACCCGGGGCAUCAUUACUGCAGCAGCAGCAGCAGCAGCAGCAGUAGUGGUUCAGAUCUGCAGCAGCUGAGGACUGAACAGCAUGCAGCAGCAGCAGCAGCAGCUGCUGCUGCUGCUGCUGCAACAGCUGCUGCAGCAGCAGUCGGGAGGGAGCCGCGCCGCGUGCUGGCUACGGGUUCGUGCGAGCAGAUUAAAUUUCUGUCUUUUGCUGAAGACGUAGGCAGCGCCAAACAAAAACAAAUUGAUGCAGCUGCGGCUCUUCAUUACCACCCAUUGACUGAACGGCCUUUGGUAUACAGCAGCAGCGGCAGCAGCAGCAGCAGCAGCGGCAGCAGCAGCAGCAGCGGCAAUCAGCAGCUGCUGGGUGCGCCGGUUUACAGCGGCCAGUGGCCCUCUUUCCCUGCGGUGUCUGUACAGCUCAGCGAUUCAAACCCACAACUGCUGCCUCCUCCUUGGGGCCUACCCUUUCCCCCUCGCCCGUCUGCUGCGCAGUAUUACCCCCCUGCAGCUCCUCUUGACAGUAGCAGCAGCAGCAGCAGCAGCAGCAGAAGCAGCAACUCGUUUGGUGCCUUUGUGCCGAACUCUCUUCAACAACAGACGCCCUGGGGAGGCCCAGAGAAUGCCUCAGCAUUGUUUAUAAGAGAAGCGCCUCUGGAUAUGCAUGCAGCCCCAAGCUUGCCAGUGCACCUGCAACUGCAGCUGCAGCAACUGCAACAGCAGCAGCUGCAGCAGCAGCAGCUGCAGCAGCAGCAUCUGCAACAACAGCAGCUGCUGCAGCAGCAAUUGCAGCGGCCAGUGCAGCUACCGCUGCAGCAGCAGAUUAUUACAAACCCUCCCGAUGUUUACUUUCCCUUCGCAGCGGACAACGCAUUUCAACCCCCGUACACACAGCCCUGA